UCCCAUCUCGUGCAUCUCGGGAAGGGCACGAGGGGCCUGGGCCCUAUUUCAACCCACCGACGUCCCCCAUCUCCCCUUCCCCGGUGACCACGCGAGAUCGCCACGCCUCGUGCCAGUCACGCUCGUUACCGCUGCAACUCUCUCGCUCACGUACACACCCGUUGGAGAAAACGAGCAAGGGCUCGCUCACGCCACACGUCUCCUUGAUCGCCCUCAAACACCUGUUUUCGUCUCUUGCGAUUAUCGUUUCCAAAUCUGUACCCCCUCCCUCCCACGUUGUUAACCGGCCGAGCUUCCACCACGAUGGGUCUCCUCCCGCUCAACUACCGCCGGCCGCAGCUUGUCGUCAAGGAGGACAAGAGGCCAGCCAGCAGCUCAACCGCCGAGACAAGCACAACCCUGGGCGAUGAUGUGAAGGCAGGAGCCUCCAUCAAGUCUGGCCAGUCGGGGCAAAGUGCAGGCAUCCCGCCGGCACUGUCCUUUGACAAGAUCAUGGACGGGGGCACAUGUCCGCCCUGCACCAUCCGUGAUUUUAUGAACUACCUCAUCUACAUCGAGCGGGCGGCGGAGAACCUACAGUUCUUCCUGUGGUACCGCGACUACUCGGCCCGGUUCGCGGCCGCCCCCGCGACUGACAGGGCGCUGGCGCCUGAGUGGACGCAGGGCAAGGCCGAGGAGGUCGCCCAGCGGCUGCAGAGGGAGCACACGGAGAAGAUGCGGCGCGAGCCCCAGGCGGCCAAGGAGUUGUUCAAGGGCACCUAUUUUGAGAAGCAGGGCAGGGUCGACGAGGGCAGCAAGAAGGGGUCCGACUGGGGGACGCCCAACCCCGGCGCCGACGCCCAGUCGACCACGAGCGCGUCCAACGCCUCGAGCUACAAGGCGCAGGCCAAGGACGCGUUUGACCAUGCCGGCGCGAAGCAGCCCUUCACCAUCCAGCCGUUCCGCGAGGAGGUGGAGCGCGUGGUGGCGACGUACGUGGCCGAGGACGCGCCGCGGCAGCUGAACCUGUCGUCGCGCGAGCGCGCGGCGCUGCUGCAGGCCCUGGCGGCCACGACGCACCCCUCGGCCUUUGCGGGCGUCGCCCGCACCGUCGAGUGGUCGCUGCGCCGCCAGGCCCACCCAAACUUCAUCCGCUGGUCCAUCUGCAACGGCAACCCGGCCCGCAUCGCCUUCGCCCGCGGCCUCGGCGCCUCCCUGGUCGCCGCCGGCCUCGCCGCCGGCGUCGUCCUGGCCCUCUCCCGCGCCCCGCGCGGCUGGCGCGCCAUGGCCGCCAUCGCCCUCGUGCUGGGCGUCUCCACCCUGGUCGCGGCCUACAAGGGCAUGUGCGUCGUCCUACACGGCCUGCACCACCGCCACGUGCGCCCGUGGGAGCUGUUUGAGACGGAGGACCGCGACGUCGAGGAGGAAGGAGGGGAGGGUGAGAGUGGUGGCGGCGGCAACAACAACAACAACAACAACAACAACAACGGCAGCAGCAAGCUCUCGUUCGACUCGCUCGGCAGCUCAAACUGCUACGAGGACGAGCCGUGGGUGGUGCGCUACGAGAAACGCAACAUCGUGCGCAAGGUCUUCGACCGUGAGGUCUGGAUCCAGGAGCCCGCGCUGCGCCAGAUCCAGGACACCAUCUUCGUCCAGGCCCUGCUGGCCGCCGUGCUGGUCGCCGCCGUGCUCACGGCCGUCUUUGUCGCCGUCCCGGGCGGGGACUUUUUCUGAGGAGAGAGAGAGAGAGAGUGUGUGU